AUGAGGCGCUCAUUGGACCAGGCACUGGAAUCACUGGAAGUCAGCAACCGGUUGCGAAGGGGAGAGCAAUGGCAGCAUUGGCUCCAGCUCGCAGAUGCGCAUGAUCAUGGCUGGUAUGUGGAAGUGAUUCUGCGCUUUGCAUUGCGGUGCUUUUCGGACAGGUCUAUCAUUGGCCAGGGUAAAGCUUCAGGCAGUUGCCCAGAGUUUGAUCGCCUUGAGCACGCCUGGGGAGGCGGAUCUCAAGUCAAGGAUUCUGCGGGAAUUGUGGAAUGGAGCAUGCUAGUGUGGCAUCCGGACUUUUGGCAAACAGCUAGGUCAAUUGGAGGCACUCGAGCACAGUCGUUGACGCCAGGAAUCCUGCUGCCCUUGCAACACUCCUUGAGUUCUCUGGCUGAGAAGAUCGUGGCCGGGGAGUUGACAGUGCAAGAGAUGUUGCGAACUGCUCCCUUGAAUGCCUGGCAGAACUCUGCUUUCUUUGAGUUGCUUGAGCAUGGGCCAGUCACACAUCAGCUGCAAGACAUGAUCAAGAGAGUCCGGUUCAUGCAGGAGUUCGAAAUCAGUGUUCAACGACUUUCACAGGUGUUUCCGGGGCAAGCCGCAGCCAGUAUUUUGGCAGAGGGCCUCUACAAAUCGUUUCUCAAGGCAGCUACCAAUACUAAGAAACUUGAACCCUUGCCAGAGGUCUCGCAGCUCCGUGUACCCUUGGCUGAGAUCAAAGAAGAGUUAUGGACACUGCCUGUGGAAUUGCCUUCGAAACUCCAGGUAUCUCACGUUGAUGUACCACUGCCCAGCUUCUCCUUGGUGCUGACUGCCAUCAAGACUCUUCGUUUGGCCCGUUCAGGGAGUAACAGACCAUUGCAUUCAAUGCUCCAGGCAGUGGAGCAAGAAAUGAAUGCUUUGAACAACAAAGGAAGCGGCUUCAACUUGUUGGAGAAGGUCUUUGUUUUGUACCAGGGCAUUGAGCGGGUUUUGAAGGGUCUUUCAGAAGUUGGAGGUGAAGAAGCCAGGCUAUCAUCACAGGCAUUGAGUUUGAUUGAACGACAUUGGGCUCCCGUUGCUCCAACAAUGGUGUCGACACUUUUGGGAGAGAUUCAGUCAGUGAGCUCUUUGAGUUUUGGGGACUUGAAUGAAGUUGGUGGCCGAGUACAAGCAGUACUCAGAGGCAGAAAAACAGUGGAAUUUUGGAACCUUUGCACAAUGAUUCUGAGCCACUUAUCGAGCACCUUGCCAAACAGGGCAAUCCAGGGAGGAUUCUCAGAGGAAACAUGUGAUCUCGUUGCUUCCCUGCAAGCGAUGCAUGAAGCCUUCAAUGCAGCCAAAGAGCAGAAAAACGAAAGUAAGCUGACCACCAAGACUUUGGACCAACUGGACAGCGCUACACAAUGCUUGCGAGAGUUCUUUGAGUUCCUGGGCGGUGGAGAUGGAGACUCUGGCUUUGAACAGGUGCUGCGGCUUGUGACCACCAUGGCUGAAGGUCCAGGCCUCUCGUUUUUGAGAGUUUUGCUCAGCAGCGCUCAGAAAGGUGAGCAUUUGGCAAUGAGGCUGGCGGAGCUUGUGGAAGGCGCAUUGACACAGGAGACAUUGGCACAUGUGGAGCAAGCUUCAGCCGUCUUUAUGCCUCUUUGUGUCGCAGUCCUUUGGGCCAUGCGCUCUCCAAUUGAUGCUAACAAGUUUCGGGUCAUGGUGGAGGGUGAGUGGUCAGAACUGAUCCAGACGGAGGCUCUGCGCGCAAGCUCUCAGGCCCAGAUAGGAGAUUUGAUGCUGAAAAUGCUCCGUGAGACAUACAAGAUCCACGGAAGCAAGCUGAGUGAGUUCUUGGAGGGCUUGAGGUCAGCACUGCGGCAGGGAGGGGUACUAAAGCAAAAGCUGGAGGAGAAUUCUGAUGAUGCCACAGCCGUCAGCAAUACAGUUCAUGGAAUGGUGAGUGGAGGGUACUUGGAGCUGGCUCCCAGCACUGAUGCAACGCACUUCGAAGUUCUAGGUGUGUUCAAAUUCAGCAAGGACCAGGCGAUGAUCACACGAGAUGUUCAGCAACUCACCGAGUGCUCCGACAAAGCCAGCCUCGCUGUACCCAAAGUUGCCUUGGAUGCCGACAAUCCUACAGCCUUGACUCAAGAGAAAGUGCAAAUUUUCACUGGAUGCAUUGAGGGAAUUCUUGGCUUGCGGCAGGAGCUGACAGAGCUUCUUCUGAUUGGACACCCUUACUUGGAAGACGCAGGAGAAUUGCGAUUUCCACGUCAGGGAGAGGGCUUGUCAGCUUCAACAUUGCAAGAAGUCAAGGACACCUUGAGAUGGGCACAAGGUGCAAUGCAGCAAUGGUGCAAUGCCCUGGAUCAAGCCGGUGCCAGACAUGCAAUCAUGAGCACCAUCCCUGCCAGGAACAUUGUCAAACUUGCCCGUGCAGUGUUGAAUAGCACGCCUUCUGCAGUCGCUUCGCUGAUGUCCUUUCAAUGUCAGGUGGAGGGCAAGUUCGAGAGCGAUCAACAGUUAAACGAGUGGUUGGAACAGUGCAAGUGUUUUUCUCCCGGAGAAGGUGUUCAGGAGAAGUUCCUGGAAAAGCUUGCCGAAGUGUCAAAGCAGGUGAUUCCCCCACAUGCCUUGACCACAUUCUCGCCUUUGCAUCAGAUUGCUCGGUGUUACCCAAAGCAGAGAGCUUCUGACGAUGCAACUGCAAGAAGUAGAAUAGACCGCAGGCAGAAUCCGAAGUUCUACCCGAAACGUGUUCUAUUGAUUCAGGAGGAGUUGUCGCAUGAACCUGGCAAUUCGGCCUUGCAAAGCAUGGCCACAACCACAGUGCUUUCCUUGCUCUUGCCUCUUGGGAUCGGACCCAGUGCCGAAAAUCUCUUGCUGUGUGACUCCAGCACCACCAAGGAUGAUGUUUUGAGGUUUCUGCACCGAGUUACUCAUGCUACCCGCCUUGCUAUGGACACCUCUCGCCAAUCCCAGGUUCUCGGCGUUUGCGUUCAUGUGGAUUGCUUACAGCCGGAUGUGCUGCAGGAGCUCCUGUGCAGGGUGGAUGCCAUGCAAGCAGCGGUUGGUGCAAGGCGCACAGAAGCCGACAGCGUUGCUGAAUUUGAAGUGCGCCUGGCUUUCACACUGACCAUGCGUGCUUCCAAGACACUGAUCGAAACCUUGGAGAAGGACUUGUGCAAGCAGCAGCAGAUCAAUAUCUUGAAGCUUUCCAGCAUCAAAGCUUUUUUGAAAGAGGCUGGGGCAGCUGCUUUGGGAUGUCACAGCAUUGUGAGUUCCAAGUAUGCCGGAGAUGGCAAGACGCAUGCCAUUCGUAGAUCUGAGAAGUGGGACCCAGACUCUCAUGUCACAAUUGUUUGGGGUGGUGCCCAGACACGUGGGCAAGCAGCAAGAGCCUUGAGGAAGGCCGAGGGUGCUGGCUGCGUCCAUUUAGAGUUGCACGGAUUUGAAGAAGGUGGUGGGGUAGAUGCUGACAUGCUGCUGAUGGAGCUUCUUCUUUUUCGCUGUGUCUUUGAUCCCGAGAGGUCUGAGUGGACACGCUUCGCUGCUGACACGCCACUCUUCGUGGAAGUAGCAAACUCAAUCAAGAUCAGGCAAGGAACCGGCCCAGUUCAGCUCAUGAUGCUCUCAGCGCCGAUUCUGAAAGGUGUGCCAGGACAAAGAUUGAUCCAUGCAGACUCUCCAUUUCUUUUCAGUGGCGAGGAUCUUUUCCCGGAGAGGGCUGCUUCCAGCGCACGGGACUUCGCUUUGGCUGGUGCAGCCUUACUUCUGGGUGAAGAGACGCAAAAUCUGGUUGGGUGUGAAGGGGAGCAUGGCGUCGCCUUCAAGCUAAUGGCAGAUGCGCAAGGACAAGGCCUGGUGGUUGCGGGAGAUCAUGCAAACUUAGUGCAGGGGCUCUGUGGUAGAGUGGCUGAAGCAGCCUGUCUGGCACUGCGGGCGGCCUGGCUCCAUGGUGCGGCUGGUGAUGCAAGAAGAGAUCCUCCAGUACCAUCCAAAGCUACCAUCAUGUCCUUUUUGACUUUCUUGGCACACUGGACCAGGAAUUGGGCUCAACAGGCUUUCCUUUUCGAGAAGACCUUCGAGGGUCAGCGAGGAGUUGACAUUCGUGCCGCAUUCGUGCCGGUUUUGAAAGAGAUGAUUUCUAUGGCGGCUGCCAUGUGUUUGCGCUCCUCAGCAGCCGAGGCUCAACAGGGAGAGAGGGAGAAGAUAGUGGCUGGCGAGGAUGGAAUGACUUCCUCUUUGUCUGAGGCGAUGGCCUGUUCCUUGCGGUUCAUUGGGAACGGACAUGAUGUACCCAGUGCCUUGCUACGACUAUGGGACUUGGUGCGCAGGGACCUAGCACGUGGAAGAGAGCCUGAGACAAUUGUGCAGCCGCCAAGUGACUUGGGCAGUGCAACCCAAGAUAAAUUGCAAGCGUUGCUGCUAGACAUGAUGACAGGCCAACUUGAGGAGCAGCAAGUGCAUGCAGGUACGACCGAAGCUGAGAUUUUGGAGGCUCUCAACAAAGGGGAAGAACUUGCUCGACAAAAAGCAGAUGGAAGGAAGGAUGGUGGCACGGAGCAUAUGGUAGUGCAGUUCUGGGAUGAGCUGAAUACCUGUCCGCACCAGGCGCUCUUCAAGCAGAUUCUCAUUGACCGCAUCAACCCAAGCACUAGCAAACCCAUUCACAGGGGCUUGUGUUUCGUCGCCGCUUGCAAUCCUUGGCGCCGUGCAAGCCAAGGUAGCGUGGUGUGUGUUGGAUUUGAAAGCCCAGUCUCCCAAGAGGAUCGCUUGGCCGGUCUUGCGUAUCGAGUGCAUCCGCUUCCCGAAAGCCUGUUCACGCACCUGUCCUCGUUUGGGCAACUUGACUCCGAAACUGAAAAGCAGUACGUCAAAGAGAUGGCAUCUCAAGCUCCGCAACUCCUAAACCCUGAUGACCAGUGGCUUCGACCGCCUCCAUUGACCAAAUCCAUGUGCGAUCAUGUGGCUCAAUACGUGUGCAUCAUCCAUGACUUCUUCCGGGCUCUGGGCUCUUGUGUCUCGUUGCGGGAUCCAAAUCGUCUCUUGAAGCUCUGGGGGUUCAUUCGCUGGGAAUUGGAGCAGAGAGAGAAGCUGGAGAUGGCGAAAGGCCACUCACCCUCAGAUGCUUCCCGACGAGAAGUUAUUUCCUUGGUUCUGGCGCUUCAUUUGGCAUAUGAAGUGAGGCUUCCAGAUCUUGAGAAGCGGAAUGAGCUGCUGGCAGCUCUCCUCCAUCAAUCCAACAUCGGCGAUCUCUUGAAGACUUCCUUCCCACAUGCUUGCAAGAAUGAACUCGAGUGCAUCAAGACCUGGCGCGACAUAGUGCUGGAUGAGCAGGACUACUGGCUAAAUGCAUUCGAUGUGGCAGACAACAUUGCCAAAGUUCGGGCGCUGAGAGAAAACAUUUAUGCUGCGCUGAUUUGCUCCAUGACCCGCACACCCAUUUUCAUCCUUGGAAAGCCUGGUUGCUCGAAGUCCCUGACAGUGUCUCUUCUGAUUAGUGCCUUGGCCGACCCCUACAAAGAGCAGUUGCUGCACUUGGCAAGCUUGAGUGUCCAGCCAUACCAGGGGAGUCGCCAGUCAACCUCGAGUGCCUUGCUCCAGGUCUUUGAAAGGGCACUUGCUAGACAGAAGAAACUCCGGACUCUGAAUCGAAGAACGCGGCCUUUGGCCUUGGUUUUGCUGGAUGAAGUUGGAUUAGCAGAACAGAGCCCUCACAAUCCGCUCAAGGUUUUGGAGCGUCUGAAGCGUCCAGAAUCCAGAGGCUGGCUGCUCCGGCGCGCCAGCGCCCCGAGCCCACAGCCUGCGCAACUCCAAAAGUAUUUGGCGCGCCAGAGCCCCGAACCCACAAUCUGCGCAACUCCGCCCACAGGCUCGCAGAGCCCAGAGCCCACAGCGCCGCCCCUGCCUUCGCCAGAGCAGGGGUCGGCGGAUUUGUCCCAUGAAAGUGAGAUCCGUGGCCAAUUAGAAGCCAGUCUAGGCCACGUGGCAGCUGCCUUCAUGGAGAUUUUGCAGAAUCAGAUGCCCCGAGACUUUCAUGGUCUCCGCGAUUGGUACGGGAUGUGCUCAUUUGCAGCACGCCUGCUGCUGGCUGCAGAUGUGGAGAUGGGUUGGGGUUGCGAAGAAGUGAAGCAUGGAGCUUUGAUGCAUGCGGUUUCUGAUGAGCUGGGCAAAGAAGCUGAGCAACUUGUCAAAUUAUGUCGGGAAAGGCAUUUGCAGUUCGUGCCGGCAGAUUGGGCUUUGACGAUGGCAGUCCUCAACAACAUGAGUGGCAACCACUCCUCAGGUGCACUUGACAAGAUGCUUCACAGCCUCAGCCAGAAUGAACACCAGCAAACCCACCAGUCGAUACCAGUUCUUGAAGAAAUCUAUUCAGAAAUCCUCCAUGUCUCGAAUCGCUUGGACAGUUUGCUCGGUGAUGUGGCCGGCCGGCAUAUCAUGGUAAUUACUGACUCUCCUGGGCCUGUGAUUGCUUGGAUUCAGCACCGGGCUCGUCAAGUGGCAAAUUGGAAUCCUGAGAGCUUGGUUGGAAGCCCACUGAAACAGGAUCAGGUGAGCACUGAGAUGUAUGCUCAAUCCAUGAUCCAAGCUGCAAUUGUGAGUAUGGCGCAGGAAAGGCGCCUCCUCAUAUUGCAGAACUUGGACAUCAUCUACGCAGCCCUGUACGAUGUCUUCAACUCCAACUCCAGCCGUGCCAGUGGCCUCAACAGUCAAAGGUACUGCCGAAUUGCUCGGCAAGGCUUCUGCAACAAUCGGUGCGCGGUGGCAGAUCAGUUCAAGGCAGUCCUUGUGGUGACUCGCGAACGAGCUGCGAGGUAUGAACCAGCUUUGCUGAAUCGCUUUGCCAAGCUGGAGGUAGAUCGCAGCUCCGACACCCGAGACGAGGAGGACGAUGCUGAAGGACUCAUAGUGGAAUUGGAAGAUUUGUUGCCCUCCAUGGACGAAGUUCUUGAGUGGCAGGAGCAGCUGGCCAAGGCUUGCCCAGCAGUGCAGGGAAAGAACGGAGAACGGCCGACAGACGUCGUUGCAGCUUGCCCAAUGAAUUCGUAUGAGCCUGAUCUGGGCCUUUUUUUGCAAACUCUCACGAUGUCGGCUUUCAUGCGAAAUGCUCAGUCUGAAUCGCUUGAAGAUGGCUGCGUGGGCAGUGCCGUGACAAAGGAAGCGUUGUUCUCACUAUUGGCCUCGCCGGACUGCAUGCUGGAGGGACGGAUGGAUUCACACACAUAUUGUCGAAGCUCAAAGUCACACUUUGGAGAACUCAUGAGGGAAUUGUACAACAAGUUUGGCGAUUCAGCAGGCCAUGUGAUCGUUCCAGUGCUUGUUCCGACUUUCAGCGACCCGAAUCAAUCACUUGACCUGGAGGCAAUGCCAGGCUUGAAAGAUCAGGAGAAGGUCUUCUCCAAGGUGUGCAUCGCCAACAUCAUCUCCGAAGCUGCUUUGAGAGAGAACAUGAAAGAACAUAUCGAGCAGAUUGAAAAGCGGCUAUCAGGGAGCAACGGCCAAAUCCUCUCAGUCUUGCAUGUGCACGUGAAUAUGAAGCAAGACGAUGCCCAGGACAUUGUGGAUUACAUGCGGUUUCAACUGGAGUGGUGUGCUGAACAGAUCGAGGGCAGCCUCAAUGGCAAGCUCAAAGGAUUUGGCUUGCACAUUCUAGCUUUGGUUGUUCAUGGUGUGCGAGGAAGUGGCGGGGAACAUAGCAUGCGACCUUUUCUGUUAGCUGGACCUGGUGCUGAACAGAGUCAGAGUAGGCCUUCGACUUUGGAUGUGAGGAAGUGUGAAUGGACUGGGGUUGGUGUCGAUCACUUUUCGCACGUGUUGCCAUGGGGAAUGCGACCUGAGGAGCUUUUGAAGGGCACAAUUGCAGAGAUUUACGGUCUUGAAGAGCCAUCUCCGGAUCGUUUCCGGAGGAUUCUUGCAGAUGCAUUGCCUCAUGUAGUUCCUCGUUUUGGAUUUGAUUCCCAACACGCAGACAGCUUUGUCAUCGUCCAAUCCUUGCUGCAAGAGAUCAACGACAAGCCAGAGUUGGUCAGUUGUGUUCGCUCUGUUCUGAGUGAGCAGCUGUCGAUGGAGCAGGCUCAGUGGCGCGUCUAUGUAGCAAAAGACAUCCAGCUCUUGCGACGCACGGGCCCAUUCCAGCUGGCCCUUCUGUCACAUCUACGACAAGACGAGAAGAUUCUGCCGGUCAUGAAGGCGCUAUGGCUUCACAGUUUGCAUAACAGCUGUCCAAGCAUUGUCCAAUCAGAACCCCUGCUUUUGACCAGACGUUCUAGCUGGUUGACCCCCGCAGACAGCAGGGAACAUGAGUUUGUGCGAAGUGAUCACUGGAGACCGGUGGCCCAAUCGCUGUUGAACGCUCCAAGUCAACCAAUUUGCCGUGAGCCGAUGCUGUCACAACUUCAUUCCAGCAACCGACGAGCAUUUUUGAUGCCUGGAAGCGUGGCUGUGAUGCAAAUCAUUCUGCCCCAGUUGCAAACCAAGAAUCUGCUGCCAGAGCAAGACUUCACCGAAGUCUUGCUUCGUGAAACCAUCCGCUUGUCAGCAGUAGUCCGGCAUUGCCUGCCUGUUGCAGUUUGGGAAGCUUUGAAAGCAGUGGGGGAACAGGUGACGUUGGAUGAGGCGACUGAUGGGAUUGGCCUGCUGGGCAAUGAUGUGAUCAUUGAAAUGGCUGCACGUGCGUGUGCCUCCGUGCAGGAUUGGCUUGAUGCAGGCCAAGCAAGUUUCGAAAGUGUCCGUUCCCAUCUCGACCAGCUUGUCCUUGCCCUGGUGCGCAAUGUGGCUUCACAACAAGAAAGCUAUGUUCACACUUGUGGUGAGGGUCAGAAAUCAGUGUUAGUUGAGGAUCCGCAUGUGUUGAGAGCACUUCUGCCAGCAGUGGCAGCAGCGAUGCUACGACCCAUCUCGCAGCAGGUCGCAGCUUUGCAAAAGCAAUUUCCCACGACUCGCAGCUGGACCGAAUACUUGGAGCCUCUUCUAGAUCCCUUCCCAGUGGCUGGAACGUGGAACACCUUCUUGAAAAGAGGGGUCCGAGCAGCAUUUGAACUACAUGCUGCAGAUCUGGAAGAAUUGCUUUGCCUGAGUGCUGCAGCUGGUGAUGAUGUCCAGGAGUCUUUGCAGCUCUUACGCCAGCUAUCUGUGACCAUCGAAGAUUUCGUCAUCACCGUGGGUUGCAGUGAUGCAACUGUGGUCAGUGUUGCAGCCAUCAGCCACAUGCUUUCGCACGGCGUUUCGCCAGAACAAGCUCUUAGCAUUUGGACCUUCAUGAGGAACAACUCGGAAAAACAUUUGCUCUUGGCUUUGGCGGGCCUAGUUGAAAUACACAACAUUGACACCACGAUCCCGCUUGUUGGAGUAUCAUACGCAUUGCAGCUCCUAAGCGAGGAGUCCAAAGCAGAUCCGUCUGCACUUGAGGCUUGCCUUGCCCUGAUGAAUCAAGCUAUUCACCGCUCAGAGGGCUGCUUCCAAAAGUUGUGCCCACUGAAACCCUACCUCCAACAGAUCUCCAUCUAUUUGAUGGAACAUCUUGUCCCCAGGGUUCGGGUUACAAGCUUCAGCAGCUGGUCGCAAACGCAGUGGGUUUCCGAGGAAAUUCUUCAGUCUUUCUACUCACUAAUGGAGGAGCAAGAGGUUGAACCGAGAACGAGUGCCUCACUGAUGCACCUCUUAGACGCUGUGUUGCCCUCCAGAGUCGAGGGCGUCGGAUGGGACAUCCCUUUGGUUGCAUCCUUGUCUGCUGCCUUGUCAAUGACGUCUCAACUCGGCUUGGUCAUUUCCCAACUGGUCGUCCAAUCGCUCAAAAAUACGUUUGGCAACUCAUCAAAGCAGGCGUUAGCCAUGUUGGAGGAGGCUUUCAAGAAGGCCUUGAAUGUACUGCGGGAGGGAGACUCCGUGAAGUCUCAGGUUUUUGUCGCGUUGGUUCUUGCCAGAGAGCUUGUUUUGCAGAGUGUCGAUUUGGUCGAGGCAGCAGUGGAAGACGAGAUGUUUGAGCAGAGGUUGGACAACAUUUUGACGGAUGUCGUUCAGGCUUUGGGGAUGCAGCUUGGAGGGCUGCCUCCAGACGAUGUUGGCACGUUGUUGUGCACCUACCAGGGGCGAGAUCUUCGAGUGGAGCAGCGUCCUACAGCUUUUGCAUCCCUUUAUGUGCUUGCAGCAGCUCGACGGCGUGAGAGACCACUUCCAACGAACACAGCUGUCAAACAUUUGCUAGAGGUGGUUGCCUUAAACACAGGAGGGGGUGACAGUGACCUGCACCGUUUCCUUGAGGGUUGCAGGGCAGAAUCUGUGACGUUUUCCAACGCCCUGGGCUUGUCGCUGUUGCUGCCAGACCAGGUUCGUCCGGAGGUUAGAUCAGUAGUGGGAUGCCUGCAUGAUAUAGGUUCAGAAGAUCAGUCGCGCUCGGAGCAGGCUGCGCAACGGUUUAAAGAAAUCUGCGGCAAGAAAUGCGAGACCUUCCAGGCUUUGCUUGAGAUCAUGCGAGCAGUGGGAGAAGUUGCUUGCAUGCAAUGCUCGGCCGAAGACGAUGACACACUUGACCUAGCAGGCCGAAUAGCGGACGAAUUGCCGAGCGUUCUUGGACGGGCUGGAGAGCUUUUGCGAUUGAAAGGAGACGAUGAGACUGAGUGGAACAUUGAUUUCCUCAACAUGGACGGCGAACAUGCUUGGCGAGCAUCCAUCUUCACACACCUCGUUUGCUUGCUCGGGGCCGCCCACGCCAGCGUCAACCAGAGGCAGGAGAACUUGCCAUCAGCUAUCAAGCCCUUCACCGCUUUCAACGACAUCGAUGAACCGACUCUGAAUUCCACGUUUUGGCCUGGAGUGCCCGAUGAUUGGUGGCAGUCCUUGAGGUACUCAGGUUUGCACAAACACUUGCUCCCCGUCACUGGGAACAUAGGUUGGGCCCAAUGCCAGUGUGGGUACCGCUAUUGCUAUGCCGAAUGCGGUGCCCCUGUCUCUGCCGCAAAAUGUCCAAGCCCGGAGGGUGAAGGUCGCUGUACUUUGAUGAAUGGAGGCCAGAACCACACCUUUGCGCCUCACCAGCAGCUGAUUGCAGUGGUGGUUACUGCACGUCCACACGGAACGGGGUGGCCUCCGGUUUUCCACUCAAUGAGCCAAGGGUUCCCAGCUGCUUUUCAGCCUCCACCACCUUCUCCCGGUCUUUUUGCCUUGACGGAGGCUGACUUGCACAUCUCAGUGACAGAAGCGGAUCGGGCAGUGGUUUCCCACAGUCUCAUGUCUGAAACAGUCCGUCAAGAUUGGAAUCAGCCACUUGGCAAGCCUCCUGAUCCGAAGAGCGGUUUGCACCCAGUGACAUUUCGAGUACUCCAUCUUUUGAUCCAUGCCAGUGCCCUGGUUGGGAUUGAGAUGGAAUGGGUGCAGGGGCGAGAAAACAUCGUCCAACUCUUGCAGGGACACCUUCGGCAGGUUGCUCGAAUCAACCCAGUGAGGAACGCAAAUGACACUGUGUGGUAUUUCAUGGCGAAUGUGGAAGCUGAUUUGGAUGCUCUUGCCAAGUUGCUUAGUGGCAACCUUGAAAUUGCAACGCUCUUCAUGCAUGCUGUGCUUCACCGGCUGGGAUCUUUGCAGCCACAGGAGCAGCCAAGCGGACAGAACCUGACCACUCACGAGGCUCGAGUUGCUUACGAGAUUUGGUUUCACAACACCAUCAUUCGGCCGAUCUUGGGUGAGAAAGGUGCAAGCGGCGACUUUCCACUGCCAGGGGUUCAUGCUCUACGCAGACAGGCAAGCCAGGGGACAGACCCCAACAAGUUCCUGGCAACUGACCUGCUGGCACGAAGGGGUCUUCCAGCCGAAGCCUGGGUCAAUGUGAAGGAAGGGGUGCGAGCAGGUUUGCUUUUGCAUGUUCUCAGGCCCUCUGUAAUCGCCUCUGCAGAAGAUACCCUGGAAGAGCUUGUUGCAGCAACUUGCGGUGGCAAUCGCUUUGUGAUUCUGCGAUGGCUGAUGGCUGGAGUAGAGGAGGAUGGAGUUUCUUGGAGUCUUCUGCCUGACCUUUUUCGAGCUGCCAGUCUGGCGUGGAUCCUGCCAUUCAUACAGUUGGUCCGGGACAAGGAGGGGGGGAAGAUAACCAUGAGAGAAGCACGCACCACAACAAUCCGAGCCUGGCUGGAAAGCCAGCCGGGUCACGAGCAGCACCGUGCUUGGAUCACCUUCCGCAAUUUCGAGGCGGCUUGGAACGCUGCUUUGGCAUCCGACCAGUUGCGAGAUGGCUGUGGAGUCAUUCGGCUUCCAAGUGUUGCACUUGAAUCACCUUUAGCCAUCGCAUGCCCCAUUGCAGAUCCUGAAAAGCCGCAGCAUGGUGACAUUCCUGUCGGAAAUCAGGCUGACAAGCCUGAGCAUAUUGCCGCGCUCGGCCUGCAUCACCUUGCAGCGAGUCACAACAAGCUGAUUGCGCAGGUCAAAGCCUAUUUGGAUGACCGCAAAUCUUUGUCGGCGCAUGUGAGAGCUAGAUUACAUCCUUCAGCGGGACUGUGCCAGUCCAGUGGCCAGUGCCAACCCGCAGCAGAGACGUGCCACGACCAAAGUGUGCGACUGAUACAGAAAGCAAGUGCAACGGACUUGUUUGUUUUCCCAUCGCAGCUUGAGGAUGCUUGUGCAGUCGAAGAUGAUGUGCAUCCACAUGGGCCGAGAACCUUCCGAUUGGACUACAAAAUUGUCACUUGUUGCCAAGACUUCUUUCAAGUUCCAUGGAGGGCAGAUCCCCCAGCUCGAGGUGAACAUGAUUUUGAAGCCAUGGAGAAUGACCUUGCAUGGAGGCUCAUUGCAGGCCGUCGUCCACUGCAAAUUUGCAGCGACCUGGGCCAGGAAGAGGACCACAAGGAUUUGCACCAAGACUAUGAUGCCUUCCCAUAUCGAAUUUUCCAUGGGAUCGUAGAUGUGCGAAUUUUGAACAGGCUUAAGGGCUGCCGGCUGGCGGAACAAGUUGCUCUCAGCGAAGCGAUUGGAGUUCAAAAAGCGGAAGAUCUUGAGAUCUCUUUCUUUCGUGAUGCCUCGCAUGCAGUGGAGGUGAGCAAGAUCACAGGAGAUCUCAUCGCACUUGUUCUUGGAGUUAAGUCUGCGCACGCCUUCCGUAGUGACAUGACACUCCAGGAGUUCGUGGAGGUUUUCACAUUGGUUGAUAAGGUGCCUCACCAAGAUCGCAAAUGUGAACAUCACCCUGAUGCGCUGAUGCGCAUUGCAGGCUUGCCAGACAUCGCCACAGUUCCUCUCAAUGGGCUUGUCGCUCUUCACUUGCUUUCAAGAGACAUGCUUGCCAUGAUCAGAGGGGUCAGCAUCAAGACGAGGGAUACCGGAGAGGAGUACACGGAAUCUUUGGAUCCUCCAGCCUCCCUGAAACAGGAUUUGGAGAAGCUUAAGGAAACGUGCCCACAAGCGCUUGCAAUGGUAUGUCGAUUGGUGGCUCGGACUGUUUACUUGGCGAGUGAUUUGCCGCUGGCGAUCCCUGAUCUUGAUCAACCUCGAGAAGCCCCUCGUUUGUGCAUGCUUGUCAAGGAGAUGGAUGUAUUGGAUGAGCUUGAAGAACUUGGGGUGGACAAAGGGGAGGAAGCUAAAGCACUCCUUGACAUGCCGGUCCCACUUGAUUUGGAGUACUGGAAUGAUUGGAAUCAGGGGCAUGUCAUGACAGCCUUGAAGCUCUACCGUUCUGUGUGGUCUCAGAUCCGUGAACCUUACUUGGCACCUCCCAAGCCUGUCCUUGCUGCCUGCACUGACCCAGCCAUAGCCGGUGGCAUGGCGAAGGGUUUGGCCCAGUCUGGCUGGCGACAACCAAAGGCUGGUCGUGGGAAACGUCCUCGAAAGGCAAAGCGAUUCAGUGCUCAGAACAAGGAGCAGGGCUUUGAAUCGGAGGAAGAGGAGUGGGAAGUGAUCAGUCCUCCACAGGAGGCGAACGAAGGACGGAGGGCGACUGUUGAGGCAGCUGGCAGCGCCAGAUCAAUUGCCGAAUGUCAGCGACAAGAGCAGCAGGUCAAUGCCAUGGGCAAUGGGCUAGAAGGUUCUGAUUUCAUGCGCGACGUGCUUCAGAAGUUUGUUGACAGUCGACGACCAACAGGGGGUGCCCACUCAAGUCCCGCAAGCCAAUCCGGAGUGACGAUUCGGAGCAGUGAUGCUGAGCGUGUGGCCUUGGCUUGGGACGAUUCCAACAUGAUGGGCGAGAUUCUUGAGCCACUUCUCCUUGCAGUGCUUGGGGAAAGCUUCGAGAUGUCGGUGGAAGUGAGAUCCAGGUUUGUGCUGCAGUUCCGUGGCUAUGUGGAGCAGCAGCAGAGCUUGGUUCUUCGAAGCUGUGCAGAUCACAUUGAGCCUUCGCAACUCCAAAGGUGCAUCUUGCGAGGCAAGGGUUGGACACUGCGCAAGUCCCCCAGCGAUGGGCACUGCCAAUUCCAUUCGGUUGGAUUUGCUGUAGGCGAGGACCAUCAGACUGUGCGUGCCAAUGCGGUCCAAUGGAUCACACAGCACAGAGAUGAAUACAAGUUGAAAAUGGUAGCAGCAAGCUCUCCGCUGGCCACUCUAACAGAGAAUGUCCUAGAUGACGGGCUGGAGAGGGCAUUGGACGAGUAUAUCAAGGGCAUGUCAGAGGGGGACUGGGGUGACAACAUCACGUUGCAUGCUUUGGCCCACCACUACCAGCGCGAGAUUCGCAUACUCACAGACAAUGUGAAGAGGGCUUGGGUUCAGAUUGAGCCAGAAUUCGGUAAUCCCAUCCAUGUGCUUUUCCAUGCGGAAAUCCACUACGAAGGGAUCCAAACAACUACAACGACAACGAAUGAAUGAAAGAUGGAGACAUCCCCAGCCUCAACUGAUGCAGCUUCUGCAAGUUGGUGCCAGUUGUCUUUUAUGUUUGGACAAGGGGUCAUAUUUUUUGGUGUUGUGCAUGGCCAUGCCUUUUGUGGCUGUGCUUGGGUGUGAUGGAAAUUGUUCAGAAGCUGCUGGCUGCUAGACCAUGUGCGAACAUGGUACAAUACCUUGUUAGUUCUGCAGUGGAUUGCGGGCAAAAGUCCCAUGAUCACUCAGGAUAGUGCAGAUCUGAAGUUCAGAUAAUUAAGCAUAGUUGCAAUUGCAUCAUCUUUGAAGUUGUUGGGUGGGGGGCAGGACAUCCAGAGUCAUC